AGACGAAAGUCGACUGUCGUCCUGCUCGGUGUACGGACCGCGCGGUGGUAGUGUUUGGCAGUUUUCGCAGUGGCCGCUGAAAAACGCCGUUGCAUCGAUCGGACGUUAGCAGCUUCAACGGGGGCUCUCGGAGCCCGUCCUGGACUACUUGAGACCUUGUGGCCGAGUGCGCAGUGGCAGUGCGGUGGGCGGCGGAUAGCGUCUUUCGGGCGUGGGUCUGUGAAUGUGGUUUGUUGGAUUUUUCGACGCAAUGGGUCUUGAGUGGUUCGGAUUGCAGUGGUAGAAAUUUUGAAAGUUUAGCAGUCAUAUGAAGAUUAGUGUCGGAAUUGUUCACCAAAGAGAAAGUAGGUUGGAAUUAUCGUCUCGGAAUUCACUCGAAAUUGAACGAGAAAAUUUUUUGAGUCAAAACGGUGUCAUGUGAGAUAUACAAUCGUACAACAUUAUCCGAUGGUUCAAUGUGGUUGAAGUGUGAAUUUUUGUGCUUGACAUUCUCUAGUGGAUAUUCACAUCGGAAGCAAGUGCGACCCAACAAGAAUGUGCCCCAAGAUGGUGUGACUAAAAUUUACACUUCACUGUAAAGCUCCCCAAUCGAAAAACAGACUCCUCCGCAUCUCGCGUUAAGUCUGAGGGAGCACUUCCUGCAGAUCUAAUCUUUGCCGCAGCUGCAGACGCGCUUCAAAACUCCACAAAAUGGCGGCUUUCACCGGGCUCAAGGAUCGUGCUGCGAACGUUUUUGGCGCCAUGCGAAUCGAAAAGUUCGAAAUGCCAAAGCAUGGCUACGAUGAGAUGGACGGAUGCGGCGGCAGAACCGAGCCAGCGGACGAUGGCGGUCCCGAUUCACCGAUGUCGUUCGAGGAAAUCGAACGGCCACCGCUGCGUCACGUGGACAAAUACGUCCGGGCGGAGUGUCCCUGCAUCAAAACGACCCGCUAUACGGUGGCCCUGAUGGCCUGUCUGGGGUUUAUCAUAUCCUUCGGCAUGCGCUGCAACCUGGGCAUGGCUAAGCUGGGAAGAGAUGCAAAAGAUCAAGUGAAUUUCAACUGGACUGUCGCUAUGGAGAGCGCGAUCGAUUCGUCCUUCUUCUGGGGCUAUCUGGUAACACAGGUUCCCGGUGGAUUCCUCGCGUCCAUGUUCCCUGCAACCCGAAUAUUCGGCACAGCUAUCGUUUGCUCCUGCUUUCUUAAUUUGCUGGUCCCAGGUGCGAUGACAAUCGAUGCUAUGGCGUUAAUUCCCGUCAGAGUGCUACAAGGUCUUGUUGAGGGCGUAACAUAUCCUGCCUGCCAUGGUAUCUGGCGCUUCUGGGCUCCACCCCUGGAACGCUCUCGUUUAGCUACCAUGGCUUUCAGCGGGUCGUAUGCAGGUGUGGUGAUAGGUAUGCCUAUGUCCGGAAUCCUUACCGGUUGGAUCGGAUGGCACGCACCGUUCUAUUUCUACGGUCUGAUGGGUAUCAUAUGGUAUUGCUUCUGGUUGUGGUUAACAUUCGAGAAACCACGACAGCAUCCCGCAAUUUCCUUGAAGGAGUUGAAGUACAUCGAAAAAUCCCUGGGAGAAUCUGUCCAGCUACCGAUGCCUACGAUCGCAACGACACCCUGGCGCGCAAUGGCCACCUCAAUGCCUGUGUAUGCCAUUAUAGUGGCUAACUUUUGUCGCUCGUGGAAUUUCUACCUACUCGUACUUUAUCAAAGUGCAUAUCUUAAAAAAUCAUUUGAUUUUAAAAUUGGAGAGACUGGAAUGUUAGGAGCACUGCCACAUCUACUGAUGACAACGAUUGUGCCGUUCGGAGGAAUGCUAGCGGAUUUUUUGCGGAAAUCUGGAAUGCUAUCAACAACCAACGUGCGAAAACUGUUCAAUUGCGGUGGCUUCGGGUUGGAAGGACUAUUCUUCCUGGUUGUGGCUCACGCAAAGACUCCGGAGGGGGCAAUAACCGCCUUGACGAUAGGUGUCGCCUGCAGUGGCUUCGCCAUAUCCGGCUACAAUGUGAAUCAUUUGGAUAUUGCCCCACGAUACGCCAGUAUUCUGAUGGGGGUGUCCAAUGGUAUCGGAACAAUCGCCGGAUUGAUAUGUCCCAUAGCGAUCGAUCAUUUGGUGAGAGACGAGAACGGAUACAAGGACAAAGAAUGCUGGUCGACGGUGUUCACGAUAGCGGCCACCGUCCAUCUGGUAGGAAUCACCUUCUACGGCAUUUUCGCUUCCGGAGAGCUGCAGGACUGGGCCGAGCCAACGCUAGAGGAGCAGAAAGCCUGGAAUCCAAUGGGCAGUGGGUACGAGAAGGAAACAACGUUCAACGAUCCCAGCAGCACGGGAGCAGCGGCCGCUGGUGGCGCUGCGUUGGAUCCUUCGACACAAAUCAACAGCACCAAAACCGCCAGCUACGGAUCGGUGUCACACGUUGCCGGCAAUCCGUUCGCCUACCCGGACGUGAUCAGCGAGGAAACGGUACAACCAGAGGCCAAAGACUCCUAUCUACACGGUAAUCCGGCAGAGCGUUCGUAUUGACCUGGUCAGUUGAAGAAAACCGUAACGUUCAGUUUGAGUUAGAUUAUCGAAUACUAGUACUACAUAUGUGCACAUUCAAAUUGUUUGUUUUUUUUUCGUUUACGAACAUCAUCUUCUGUGUUAUAUGAAACAUCAAACUAGGGAAUAUAUAUAUUACUAUAUAUUUAUUCAGUAACGAAAAUCGUGAAAAACGGAGAAAAAUUAACCCUGCUUAAGCAAUUAACAUUUAGAUAGUACUAACAAAUAUUGAACCACUAAGGAUAUUUAUAUUGAUUAUUCUAGAAAGCAAAGUAGAUCCCUUCGUACUAGUAUUGAUCGUAUCCAGUAUUCGAAAAAAAACUGUAAAUAAUCCUGUGACUACAAAAAAAAAGUCGCAAGCGUUGUUGAACAUAUAGAGUCAUGCAUUUAUUAAUUCCAAGCACUAGCAAGCUUCAAAAGAGCGAUACAAUAUCAAAACCUACAGCUAAGUCAGUGUAAAGUUAAAUAUUAUGCAGUAUUCUAGUUUUAAAACCAAUAGCAAUUGUUUUCGAUGGUUUCCUCAAGUCCGCACGAUAGAGAAGCAAAUCUUCCUCGAACAAUUUUACCAUUCAGCGAAACAAAUUAACGCAAAACACACGAGGCACUCGUUUUGUAAAAACAAACACAUUUCUUUCAACUAAAAGAGUCAAUUCUGAACUUGUACACAAAACAGUAAAGUUAUUCGGGACUAUAUUCAUAACGACGAACUGCAACAGAAUCUAAAACAAACAAAAUUAAUCAACGAGGAUGAUCCCAAUAUCUGUGGAUUUUGAGCAACAUAAGAAACACUUGCUUCAGUUACGGGCGAAUUGUGCAAAAAUAUGUAGAUUUAGUCAACCGAUAUAAAGUCUGUGGAAGACGAUUUUCGAGUGUUUGCAAUGUAAACAUGGAUUCAGCGAUCCGGUUGACGCGAUGUCGUUCUUUAGACAUCGUUGUGAAUAAAGAACAGCGAAUGUCUUAGAGGAAAUGGACAAACCGUUUGCCGACCUGCUCAAAAUUCCGAAAUGAAAAUGAACCGUCACUCAAAUUCCGGAAAACAUAUGAACUAUGAGUGCAAAUCAACCGUUUACAAGUUAUUUAAAGAAGACGAGAAGAUUGUCAUGGCAAAGACUAGCGGUUCACUGAAACAGCUGAUGAUUUUCAGGAUUUCGAAUAGUUGUGCCCUUAGGUUAUAUUUUUCCGGAGUUGUCGUGACAUGGAGUAUCCAAAAAUCGUUGAACUUAGAUACAGCAGUAUGAGCUGCAGUCGCUGUAAGAAUAUUUAUUGGUUUUAAGAGCAAACGUGUGAAUCAGGUAGCAUGAGUGAGAUUUUUGUUUAAUUUUAAUAAUUUUGCAUUCGAAAGAAGCAAAAACUGAUUUCUGACGAAGCGUUUUUUCCUAUAUCCGUGCUUAAAAAUCCAAGAUUAAAGUGCAGCAACCACUCAAGGACCUUCGCCAAACCAUUCCAAACCAUUCUGUAUCGUGAUUCGAUCAAAAUUUUUCACGCUAUGAAUGUUGCCAGACUUGAAGGUCGGGAUAAUGGACGCAAGCCUUCAGGUCUCAGGAAAGACACCGUCUAGAAGUGAUCGAUUGAAGAUAGACCAAUGAUGAUGGACAAUUCAUGAAGAAAGAAUGUUGAAUGCUGAAUGUUGAUCCGGACCUGAACCUUUCAAGGCGAAAACAGAACAAAGGACUAUAUCGUCAUGGAUGGAAGUGACCUGCUGCAGAUGAAUAUUGAAACUAGGCAAGUUAUUGCUGUAUUGCUGUGGACCUGAACCUGGAUAAGCCUCGUAAACGGUUCGUAUAAAUUGAUGCUGAACCAUUUGUACGAAACGAUUCGUUGGAAUAAACUGUUCAACAACGUUUAUACUAAUAAUGACGGUGGGAAGGGCUUAAGAGUGACUCGAGGAGAGUCAUUGUCAUCUCUGUUACCACUGGUUGCUAUCUAUCUCAGAGCUCAAAGCUUUCGCGAGUCAUAAUUGGGUUUUGGGUUGGGUUGGAUUGGGUUGGGGAGUAAGUUCGUAGCGUAGCUUAUUUUUAAAGAAAAAAACAAUAAUUAUACCAAUAAGUUAAACAAUUAUAUAUUCGUCGCAGUUCAUUUAUUUCGCCAAUUCACGACUGGUUUGGUGACCGUUCUCCUUCAAAAGUGAUUUGAGACGUUCUUCAUCGAAUUCAGGAUGGGCGUGUCAGUCGCCAUUUUUUAACUUUUCCAACCAUUUUAAUGUUGUAGGCCUCAAAACUAGUAGAAAACUGAAUAACUGACUAAAGUACAAUUGACAUACUUUUGUAGAGCAGAAAGAGUUGUAUAGAAUGAAUACUAACCUCUUGUCAAACAGCAAACAAAUCAUUGUAAAAUAAAAUAAAUAAAAAAACGCUAUGAACUUUGUUCACUACGGAACGGGUGAUUUCCGAUCGUGGCUCAGCGUCACAGGCUGAAUCAAAUCCUGGAUGAUGGUGGGAAUUUCCUCAGGUGGGGGCAGUAGAACUACUGCAACGGUAACCAGUGGACUGUAGAAAACUUUACUAUAUAUUCUCCAGUCUUAAAAAAGACCCUUUGUGGCGAGAACGGCCUGGCAAACUACACAAAUGAAACACGCGUGUGGCAAUUCUAUUGUUUGUAUUUCGAUGUUCGCUUUACAGAGUUUGAAUAUGGAAUGAAUUCUUCUCUCAUAUUUUAUUUAUAUAUAUAUUGAUUAAAUUCUUGAUUGAAAUUUUCGAAGAUAAAAAAUGUAAAUCGACUCUCCUCUCAGUAGCUUCGCUUCCACUAAGAUUACUUUGGCAUUCGCCGUUAACAUUAUUGGUAUUGACUAGAAAAUGAAUUGACGUGCGUUGAGAGCGAGGAUGACUGAUGAACUAUUCUAGUCCAUAGUUAUUUUAAUCGACGUGGCUAAUGAAUACAAAUCUGCCUGUUUAUUCAACCUGAUUUUAAUCCAUACUUCUAUUCCCCCUGCCACGAAUCUCGUUAGCCGCGUCCACAAUCUUUUUUUUCGUCCAAAUAAAGUGAAACGAAAUCUUGAUUUGUCCCCGCUCAUCUGUGGUAUAUGUCAAACCACGUUUAACUCAAACAUCGAUACAUGCAUACGUAAUACAUUGAAGAGGGAAACGAAUUCAUUCGGGGGGAAUCACUUUAAUAUGCUUAAAGUUCAUUUGACGGGGAGAAUAAAAUGAGAUGUCAUGUUGACGGAGAAACUACUGGAACAAGCCUGAACUCAUUUCCAAUUGAAUAAAAGGGCGAAUUUCUUCAUAGUCCGCUGACUACUCUCAGUUGACUAUGGGAUUGAUCACGAACGUCACUUCACGGUGAAAACGAAAUUAAUUUUCUGGACCAAAUUUUCAUUUGAGUGAUGUUAUUGGUCACUAUACCCUACACUUCCAGUUCUCUCCGUAAUUGCCCAGUAUUAUCCAAUUGGCCUGAUUGGCCUGAACUGAGGACAAUUGGGUGAGCUGAGAAUUUUCGGAACAAACUGGAAAACAAUCACCUCAUACCGUUGUAGUAAGUUCUUACUGUAAUGACAGCUCGCAAGAUCUGGCCAAAAUUUCACGGAACGAUCGUUAGAUCGAAUGAAUGGAAGAAUUAAUUUCUGGAGACAUUCAUUUUUGGACGCUACCGAGUUCAUUGGCUUAUCUAUGAUGGGAACUUCAGUUUUCGGGUUACCUGCUAGACCAUGAAUUUUCGUUUCUCAUUCUCUAACCGUUGCCCUGUAAUUUUUUUCCCUGGGAUCUGACCGAAGGCGGCUGUUGAGUUUGGUCACCAGCAGAUCAUACAGCUUCUGGGUAUGAAUUCUAGUAAUAGAGGAAUUUCAUGCCAACUCGAUUGGCCGUUGGCAGCACCAUCUCAGAUAGCAGUGAAACGUUGUGGGUGUAAAGACAUGUGUCAUUUAAGCAACUUAGCAUACUUGAAAUAUUCAGAAAAUAAUUAGACUACUUUUUGAAAAAAGCCAAAGUUUCUUUCUUAAUUUUUUACAAAAAAAUUAUAACAUAAAAACUAUGAUGCCUACAAAAUUCAUGUCAGAAAAGUAAAUGUGGGAAAUUGUUUAAAUUUCUACCAAAAAAUACCAAAACAAUUUUGGAAAAAAAUUUCGCUGAAAAAAAAAGUUAUUUUAAAAAUUAAAAUCCAUUUUUCUCAAAAAGGUAUUUUUUUUAAAUUCCCAAAAAUAUAUUUUUGAAUAGCCCUUCAAAUUUCCAACAAGUCGUCCAUACAUCGGAAGAUGGGCACUUUUACAGGGAAAAAGUUCUUCUAACAAUAACUUUUUUAUAUUUUCUUUGAAAAAAAAUACAA